CUGGAAGGCAUUCACUGACAGACAACCACAGUGGAGCACUUCAAGAGGUGCUCGCCAGUAGGCUCCUGAAACGUUAAUGUUGACACCGUUACACCGCCACCAGGAAGUCUCUGAAUUUCCAGACCUGUCAAGACACAUCUAGUACAGUACCUGGACCUCGAACAUUAUCCUCACCCUUCUGUCUCCUUGGACCCGGACCGGUUCUUUAAUCAGAAAACUCACUUGAUAAUCCAUUUUAUCCUAUCUACCACUCGAGAGGUUUUGUCUGUAAAUCUUCAAACACUCGGAGUCUGUCACUGUGUAUUACCUAUCCGUCAGCGAUACCACCUUCAGCGACUCCAGACGGGGUUGCAAGAAGCCUCGGGUCGUCCCAUGAUAGGAAGUGAGAAGCUUCAAGCCGUCUCAUCACAAGAAGCAAGAAGUUUCGACCCGUUAUAAUUCGAUCACAAGAAGAAAGAAGCUUAUGCCGUCUUAGUCUCAACACAAGAAGCAAGAAGCUAAUUCCCGUUUUAAUCCCAUCAUAAACAGACCAAACUUCGAAUCAUCAUAGUUACAUCACAAGCAGCAAGGCCAUUACAAGCAGCAAGACCAUUACAAGCAGCAAGACCAUUACAAGCAGCAAGAUCAUUACAAGCAGCAAGACCAUUACAAGCAGCAAGACCAUACAAGCAGCAAGACCAUUACAAGCAGCAACACCAUUCACGCCAUCAUUGUUCCACCACAUAAAGUAACAACAAGUCUUACUUCAGCCACCAUAAUGGGUAAUAAGAUGUGGCGAGGAUCAAUGAUGUUGUUGCUGCUGUUUGCUGGGAUUUCCUGGGUGAAUGGAGAGAGGGAAGAUCGGUUAAAUAUUCCCCCUGCGUUCUUCGAGGAGAGGGCAGUGACAGUGUCCUUCUCCCUGGAGAAGAGCGAAGUGUUUGUUGGAGACCCAGUGAAAGCCAACCUGGAGGUCCAGAAGGCCGGCUCCAAGAAAGAUACCUCUUGGAAAAUUGACUUCGGUGACAAAUCGCAUGAGUACACAGGCAACUUCAAGGACGGCUGGGCAGUCACUCAGCGUCACAGGUACGACAACCCGGGUGUCUAUGUGGUGGAGGUGCGGGUGAUGGGUCUAGGCAAGCCCUUCCACUACCAGAGAUCCGUCAGUGUCAUCAAGAAACCCUCGACCGGCGGCGGCGGAUAUACUGGCGGAUCCACAGGUGGAUCCACAGGCGGAUCCACAGGCGGAUCCAAAGGCGGAUCAAAGGAUAACAAAAACGAGAAUGACAGAAGAAACCGUCAAGGCUAUUACAUAGGUCUGCUGGUGCUGGCUUCUCUGCUGUUUGUCUUGUGUGUGGUGAUAGCUUGCUUCAUCCAUGCUAUCACCAGAGCCAUGCGCAGGGCCUCCAUCAGCUAAGUAUGUGCCGAGAUCCUUGAGCGCAUAGCGGGGGGCAGACUCGAUCCUCCGUCCAAUAAUAGCUGUCCUGAACUCUAACAUUCCAGCACGAGGGAUACAUAAAUAUCUGCAACACAUCUAACAUCCGCAGCGACAGCAACUGCAGCACAUCUAACAUCCGCGAAUUCAACAUCUGUGUUGUCUUUUCUCUAACAAGACACACCUGUGUUUUGUCACGCAUUUUACGAUAAUUCAGUUAUUGCCUUAUCCUUAAUUACCAUCAUUAUCUCAUUACAUUUAUU